ACAAUUAAACUGUAUACAAACGAGUAAAUAGAAUAAUAACCGGCAACAUAGACAAUGGCUAAAACGCGAAUAAAAACAACGCCGAUGCGCUUGAAAAAGGAUGCGUUAAUGGCAACAACUGCCAGAACCGCUGCCGCCAUAACAAAAUCCGACACUACAACAGCAACGACGUGUCAUAUUGCAGCACCGCUGAACGAUGCCAAGAAACGCUUCCGUCAAUCGGCAGUUCUGGCUAAUUCCGUGCACAGCGGUGGCGGCUCAUCGACGAUCAUUGUUACAGCACCGAAACGUACAAAUUCCAUUUCAUCAGUCGCCUCAUCCAUUUCGCAGAUCAGCGAUGCAAACUCUGACACCGAAUCGCCUCCACCACAAACAGCGCUAAAAAUGUCAACAACAACAACAACAACAACAACAGCAGCAGCAACGACAAAAUCUUUACUCACCUCACAUAUUUCUUCUCAGGCGCCGCCACGUACACUGAACAGUUUGCUGUGCAAACAUACAAAUGCCAUUUCAACGUUACGUAAUCGCAAAGUAUUUAUGAUCACUGAAAAAUCGGAUGAACCCAAAGGAGCGGAAACGUCCACAACGGCAGCGGGUGGCGGUGCAACAUCGGGGCAGAAGAGAAAAAUGUAUCUAAUCAUGGAGGAGAAUAGCUGUCCAGAAGACUGUCCAGGCGGGACUGAGGAAGGUGGUAAUUUAGCUAAUGAUGGCCAAAAUUAUGUAAAAAGAGAGAACGGUCUGAUUGUAGGCGCUGCAGGUGGUUCAAAAAAGUUGACACUCUUUGCUGACAAAGCAGAUAGUGGCGUGCUGACGGAGGAGUUUGAGAAGAUAUUGCCAGAGAUAUUGAAUCGUAUACAGGCCAAAGAUACGUCUGCGGCGCCGAUGGUGGCGAACGUGACGCCGCCGCCGCCGCCGCCGCCGCCGGCCCCGGUGGCCACAUCGAAACUACUGAACGGCAUUACUGCCAAUUUAAAUAUCGUUAAGUCUGAACCCGUACAACCACAACCACAACCACAACAACAACAGCAACAUAACUUAAAAAAGACGACUGAAGAAACCAAUGAAAGACUACCAAUUACACUGCCACCAAAAAAGAAUCGCACAAAAAUUAUUUCAACAAACAGCAGCAGCAGCACCAACAACAUUUCGCAGAACGGCAGCAACAUUGUUGUUAACCCUUUUAGUGACAACUUUAAUAGCGGCACCGGCAGCAUUUGGGGCAACUUUAGCAACAGUAACAACAACAAACAACAACAUAAAAUUGGCACACAAUGUCAAAUUAAGCAGAUAUCUGCUGCUACGCCGGUCAUUGUGUCGGCGCCGGUCAAUGUGGCUGCGCGCAACAACAACAACAACCACAGCAACAAUGACAGUGCACCCGUAAUAAAGCGCUUCGCUCCACACAACAUCAAUCACAACGCCAACAACAACAACACAAACAUUAGUUAUGCGAGUAAUGCGAGUCAAGCUAAUGGUCAAGCUACCACAUCCAUGGCUCAAGUAGAGCUGGUGCCUCAUAAGAACAUCAAUCUGUCCACUGAUUUUCACUUCCUGAUCAAAAUGCUGCCCAAGCUGGAAAGCAUUCCAGAGCCACACAAAAACAAUGUAAAGAAUUGCAUCGAGAGGAUAAUCACACAAAAUGCGAACAUAUUUGCCAAACAGUAGUAGCGGUCGGUGCUGUUGCCACAAGUUUACAAUUAGUUAAUAAUACGUGUGAAUAAAAUACAAACACAUGAAGACUAUAAAAAUAUUCUUUAUAUACAAACGUAGCUAUAUAAACGUAGUUAUUGAGUUUUGUAUUCUAAAACAUUGAAGUUUAUUUAAUUUAAGUGAGUGCACUUUCUUUUGAAGAGUCAACGCCUUUUUUACAAAACGAAUGUACGGCAUUUGCUAGAAUAGUUUGUUUACGAAUAUCAUAUGUAAUAAGAUAUUUACGAUUUUGAAACGUAUUUUAGUUUAAGUUUUGCAUAUAAAAGUGUGCAUAUACAUAUAUGUACA